AUGACUAGCACAACCCUAGGCGAGCAAGCAGUUCUCGCGAUAGGCGUCGCGCCCCCGCGUUUUCCCGCGAUCCUAGCACGGAGUCGGAAUCAGAUUCCCACGAUCAUUACGUACGCGAAGCGCCGCGUAGUAAUAAACCCGCUAUCGCGCAAGUUAAGCCAACAACCGACAUCGUCCGUCCCUGUCUCGCGCAGCACGUGCGCCGUUUGCAAGAACGGCCACGAGCACAAAGUUAGCGCGUGUCGUAAAUUUUUAGCGGCGACGAUUUCUGAACGGUGGGACUUAGCGAAGGGCGCUAAAUUGUGCUAUAGAUGCUUAGACGCGGCUCACCGUAAGUUCAAGUGCAAGUACAUCGCGUGCGGAGUUAACCAAUGCGAAGCCGGACAUCAUAAGCUAUUACACGGACUGAACGCGGCCGCGCCCGCGAACGGUAAUAGUGCUCCGGCGGUAACGGUUAAUAAUAUUAGGCUCCCGCAAACGUACCUCAAAGUCAUGCCUGUAGAGGUGUCGGGACCGCUAGGUACCGUACAAACCCUCGCGCUGUUAGACGAAGGCGCGGCUAUGACUUUGAUGCUUCACGAAACGGCCGAUAAACUCGCGCCUCGCGUAAAAGGCGAAACUUUAGAGAUAGAAGGCAUAGGCGGCGUAGUCAGAAAUCCAGAUUCGUAUACGUUACGAGUCGCAAUACGGGGUUUUUGUAGCCGACACAUGGAAAUGAUGGAGGUAAUCACGAUUGGCGAUAUUGGCAUAGGAAUGCAGGGCGUACCACGUGACGUAGUCGACAAGUGCGAACACUUGACUAAGAUCGCGGACGAAUUGAGUUACCCGACCGGCAUACCUACCAUCGUGAUAGGCCAAGAUAAUUGGCACCUCAUCAUUUCUCGGCAAAUAUUAGAGGGCCCGCCUGAGCUUCCCAUUGCUAGCCUCACUAGACUGGGCUGGGUUUUACACGGCCCAGAUAGAACGCGCCGCGCCGCGGUAAACUUUGUAGGGCACGCACGGCCUAAAACCGCGGACGACGAGGCUUUAGAGCUAAUGAAACGGCAUUUUGACAUAGAAUCAUUAGGCGUUUCACAAAAGCUACCUCGGGCCGAUCCCGACCAGCGCGCGCUAGACUUGCUGAAAACCACCUGUGUAAAAAUACCGGGGGAGAAUAGGUAUCGAGCGGGCUUAUUAUGGCGGACAGACGACGAAAAGCUCCCAGAUAACCGAGCGCAAGCAUUAAAACGGCUGUACAGUCUAGAACGAAAACUAGACCGAGAUGCAACGUUAAAGGCCGAAUAUGCAAAGCAUAUGGCUAACUUGCUUGACAAGGGUUACGCGGAGAAAAUGGAGUCGCCGCCCCCCCUCGAUGCACCCCGGGUGUGGUACUUAGCGCAUUUCCCAACUUUUCACCCGCAACGCGGCAAAAUGAGAUUAGUGUGGGACGCGGCCGCCACGGCCUACGGACGGUCGCUCAAUAGCGCGCUUUUGGCCGGCCCCGACUUAUUAGAGUCACUCUUUGGCGUACUAGUGCGUUUCCGCGAGGGUAAAAUCGCGGUAAUAGCGGACGUCAAAGAAAUGUUUUUACAGAUCGAGAUAAUUGAGCAAGAUCGCGAUGCGUUACGUUUCGUUUGGCGGGGGGAGGACCGCACCUCUCCACCGCAAGAAUACAGAAUGAAGCGGCUUAUAUUUGGAUCGGCAGCGUCGCCGACAACCGCGCUAUACGUCAAAAACGAAAACGCAAGAACGCAUAGCGAACAAUUUCCGAUCGCAGCUGAAAAAACAAUAAAAAAUACGUACAUGGACGACAUGUUGAUCGCGCUCGAUACGUCCGAGGACGACGCCAGGCGCAUAGUAAACGAGGUUUACGAAUUAAAUAUGCGCGCGUCAUUCGAGCUUCGCGGGUUCGCUUCGAAUCAUCCUGCGGUUAUUGCUGACGUAGUUAACAGUAAAGAGGAAACGUCAUUGUUAGGCGCUAGCGAGAGCGAACGUACGUUAGGUUUGAAAUGGAAUCACAAGCGUGACACCUUAGGUUUCAACGUAAACUUUCGCAACACGCCCGAGGACGUACUUAACGGUCAGAAAUUACCUACAAAACGACAGGUUACGAGUAGUGCGAUGUCGAUAUUCGAUCCGAUCGGAUACGUUAGCCCCAUAUCCGUCUUAGGCAAGGCAUUAAUGCAGGAGAUAUGGCGCACCGGAAUCGGAUGGGACUCGCCCAUACCCGUCUCGCUCGCACCCGCAUGGCGAUCGUUCAUAGAUAACGUACAACAAUUACGGGACUUGGAAAUUCCGCGACACGUGCCCGCAUUUAAUAGGGAGGCAUAUAUGCAUGUUUUUUGCGACGCAAGUGAAAAAAUAUAUGCCGCGGCCGUGUACCUAGUCAGCGUCAACCCCGAGGGGACUAGAACGUCCGCAUUAGUGGCCGCAAAGGCCCGAGUGUCACCUCUCCGGGUAGUUAGUAUUCCACGAAUGGAAUUACAGAGCUGCGUACUAGCGACUAGGUUAGCGGAGACCAUAGUCAAAGAGUCAGACUACGUAAUAAAGGACAAGUAUUUUUGGUCUGACUCCAAAACGGCACUCACGUGGAUACGGUCGGACCCACGUAGGUACAAAACGUUCGUCGCACAUAGGUUAGCGGAAAUCGAGAACACUACCACCCCCGCCAACUGGCGCUGGGUGCCUAGUGCAGCUAACGUAGCUGACGACGCGACGCGCGGUAUACCUACGCAAUUUGGAGCGAACCACCGAUGGUUCAUAGGGCCCGAUUUCAUACGUAAAAGCGAGGAGCAUUGGCCGACAAAGAAAACGCCCGCGCCCGUCGCCGAUACGGGCGAAGAACGCGUUAACAAGCUCGUAUGCUCGGUAGGCGCCGCGAAAAAUAAGUUUGAGUACCUGCCGGAGGUAUGUAGGUUCUCAAAGUUCGUACGCUUAGUCCGCGCCACCGCUAAAACACUGGUUGCCGCCGAGGUUUUUAAAGCCGCAUUGCUUAAAAAGAAACCAGACACAGACAUAAAUAAGGGGCAUUUGAACUUAGCAGAGAUAUUGCUUAUACGCCGGAGUCAACAUGAAGCCUUUCCAGAGGAAAUCAAGUUAAUGGAAACUGGACGGCCGAUUCCGAAGAAAUCGCCACUCCAUAAAAUCGCAGUAAAACUCGACAAAAAUGGAGUCAUCGUGCUGAACGCCAGAAUAGAUAAAGAUGUACACAUACCCGUUCUACACGCUAAAGAAGAUUUCGUCAAAAUGAUAGCUCGGCGCGGCACGCCUACCGUUCUGUACUCCGACAACGCAACUAACUUCUACGGAGCAGAACGAGAAAUUGCAGAGGCCAAGAAAACGCUGCCAGACAGUCUAAAGCCAUUCCUGACUGAACGAGCGAUCACCUGGAAAAAGAUACCGCCUGGCAACCCUUCCGCCGGCGGUGCAUGGGAACGACUCGUGGGCAGCGUGAAAACUGCACUGAAAGCUACACUAAAAGAGAGAGCACCUCAUGAAGAAGUUCUACAUACGCUGCUUCUAGAAGCCGAGCACGUAGUGAACUCCAGACCACUGACACCUGUGAAUCCAGACCUAGAUGUCGAGGCUCUGACGCCGAACCAUUUUCUCAUCGGCCGGUCGAGCGCAAUGGCACCGCUGGGCGUCUUCACAGACAAAGAUAUGUCACUGUCGUCAUGGAAGACAGCGCAGAACUUAGCCGAUCACUUUUGGAGGCGCUGGCAGAAAGAAUACAGACCCAGCCUCCUCCCUCGGCCCAGUGCUCACCAGAACUUAUUCGAAGGUGGCCAGUAA